AUGGGAAAAGGAGGUGAGGGGGAACAGGCAGAGAAGGGUAGAAAAUGAGGUGGUUGCUUAAAGGUGCCAAAGGGAGGAGCGAGUCACUGGAGCAUAAUGAGAAAUGCAGCAGGGCCCUAGACUCAAGAAUCUGCACAGAGCGAGAGAGAGAGGGGGAGCGAGAACAGAGGGAUAGAUAGGAAGGAGAAGAGAGAGUCAUUGGAGAGAGAUGCUAAUGUCAAAUCAAAUCAAAUUUGAUUUGUCACAUAGACGUGUUUAGCAGAUGUUGUUGCGGGUGUAGCGAAAUGCUUGUGCUUCUAGCUCCGACAGUGCAGUAAUAUCUAACAAGUAAUAUCUAACAAUUUCACAACAUAUACCCAAUGCACACAAAUCUAAGUAAGGAUAUAGGAUAUUAUUCGCUGAAGCUCCUCAAUGCAUUAAAUCCUCUCCCUAGCCAUGACUUCACCAGCAAGAUAGAGGAAGAUGGAUACGGAAGAGCACAAAGUGAUGCUCUAAACUCUGAUUCAUAGUUACUGCUCUGCCCAAAGAGCCUUAAUCCAGGGAAAAUGCUCAGCAAAUUUGUAAUAAAUCAUUUUGUCACUAGAUUAUUUAUGGGCAAUGACUUAUUCAUCACAGAUUCACUUUUUAACUAAAACCAUUACUGUGGUGUCACUGAAGCCAGUCAUUUCAUUAAUGUUUUAUUUAAAACCAUUAUUCAUUAAUCAGGGUUAUUGUAGUCGUUUAUCACAGUCUGUGGUGGGCUGACAGUUUUAGUCAGUCAGUAGACCCCACUAGACACCAAUUUAGUCUUUCAGUAGAACUCUUGAGGUUUUAAAUGACGUGUCUUUAAUCCAGUGAAGCAGAAAUCCAGUGUUUGAAGGUUAAGAGUUGACCUGUCUGGUUUUAGGCUACAGACAGGCUGGUUUUUAGCUUCACUGUUCCAUCAGCUGUUUUAGACUUGGGAAUCCAGUCCAGAGAACUCUCCGACCGAUCAAUAAGUUAAAUCAAUAAGGAUUUACGUUAAAGCAAAGUUGAGACGGUUCAAAUGUAUGGACCUGAGCCUCUUUUUCAAAAUGAGACUUUUUUAAAAGGAGACAUUUUGAGAAGCAUUACCACCCGGGUGGCGGUGCAGUUCAUUUCUCUCCCCUAAAACAAAGCAAGAUAUAGUGGAGCCAUAACUUCUUGCUUCUGCCAUUUCUUCUUCUCCGACACUUUUACGGAUGACCCCUGCCAGGGUUCAUCCAGUCUCAUAAUAGUUUUAUCCCUACCGCUUAAUUUUCACCAUGUGUUAUCUGUCAGAAGUCUAUGUAGUCAGUGAGGCAGUUCUCCCCUGUCUGUCUGUCUGUCUGUCUGUCUGUCUGUCUGUCUGUCUGUCUGCCUGUCUGUAUUUUAGCUCCUAUGGGCAAAGCUGUGUGGUCCCCCUGGCUUCCCUAUGGUUUCAUAUUACCCAUGCACACAGAUAAGGCUUGUUUGGGCUAUGGAGAAGUGGAUGGGGGACAGGGAGAGAUGGAGGGAGGUGGUAUGAAACUCUGAAAGUUAAACUAAACUUUGUUUGAACUGAGCAGAUGUCAUCUGGGUUGUGGUGGGGGGGUUUCUAUUACAGACUGACUGAUAUAUCUUUGUCCUUCCUCUCUCUCAUACAGCUAACAUGAGAUGAUACGGCCUCUCGUUAUGUAUGUCUCUCAUUAAAACAAGCUUGUAUAAUAAUAAUAAUAAUAUGCCAUUUAGCAGGCGCUUUUAUCCAAAGCGACUUACAGUCAUGUGUGCAUACAUUCUUACGUAUGGGUGGUCCCGGGGAUCGAACCCACUGUGUAUUCCCCAAGCUGGUAUCCCUGUCUCCACUCUCUUUCUGUCCCUUCCCUACCACUCAGUAAUGGAGACAGCCUCUUAGCUCAGGGUGGGUUCCCCCUGCUCUGCUCAUUAAGUAUUGAUAAUGGAUGAGCUCUAACAUCUGGUGUGACUCGCUGGUCUAGCCGAGUAUUUAGUUAAAACAACACCUGCAUUAAUUAAUAAUUGAUCACAGGAGCCUAUCAGGAGAGGCGUUAGGAGGUGCGGUGAUAUCUGUGAUGUCAGGUUGCCUGGCCGACCUGGAGAUAAGAUGGGGGGGGGGGGGGGGGGGGGGGGGGUAGUGUUUGCUUGGCUAAUCAGCUUGUGAUUGGCUAAGUGAGGUGGACCAUUGAUGUAAUAGCUUUGAACCAACUUGUGCAAAUUUAUGUUUCUACAUGGAAGUCUAUUUAUUAGAAUGCAAGUGAAAACUGUCUUUUUCUUCAGACUCUAGUGUGCUGUUUCACCCAUCACAAGAUAAUGGAUGUAGCCUCGAGGAGAGUACAUUUAAUAAAGAAUGUUGUUUAUUGUUUGGUGACAAAGCUGUGUGCCAAAGUACAAUGUCUAACACAAUGGUUUAUUUACUUUGCUGCCGUAUAACAACUGGAGAAAUGCUAACUCACGAUGCAAUAGUUUUCUCUGUCAACGUCCCUGCUUAAACAUUCAUAGAAGGCCAUAUGGUUAGAGCAUCCAAUAUGUAUAUCAGACUUCUGGUAAAUACAUUUAUAAAAUACUUUUGAAUACUUGAGUUGCAUUUUAUUUAGUUUGCCUAGUACAAUAGAACCAGUGGAAUAGUCCUAAAACUUCAAGCUUAAUCUAGCACUGUAUAUAUUAACCAGGUCUAAUUAAUAUAUUAACUGAUGCUUAAGGUAAAUGUAUAGUUUCACUCUUGCUCAACCUGAUAGUUAACCUAUUGUGAGGUCAAAUGACCCUCUCCUGGACCUGCCCUAUCAGCUCUGGACCUGAGCUAUGCAUUCACAUUACCAGCCCUAACACAUAAUGCCAUUUUCACUAUGGAAUGGAUUCCUUUUGAGGAAAUGAGGCCUGAAGACGCUGUAGCCGCUGUAUUCAUAGGAUGAAAGACGGAAGCCAUUUUGUGCCGACCGGGGCCUAAUUGAGUAUGCAGAGCACAUGUUGUAGCCCAGAGCUGGAGACAGCUAACACUGGCUGGCUCUGAUACAUUCUGCCUGGCCUUGGCUAAACCCACACACUCCCCAGCUUCACUUCACUUAGCAGACAGAGAGCUAAUUGAAGAUGAUCUCACAGAUAAGUGCUCGACUGCACUCUUUUUUCCCCUUCCCUUUUCUUCCCUCCUCCCCACCUUAUUUAUUUCAUUCUCGCUAGCCUUUCACUCUCUCUCUUUUCUUUUCUUUUAUUCUCUCUCUCGUCCUCUGUCUUUAUCACAUCAUUUCACUCCCUUCACUCUGUCCUGUCUCUCUUUUCUUUUGUCUCAAUCUCUCUCUGUCCUCUGUCUUUCGCUCUCUCUUUCCUUUUUUCUCAGCUGCGAAGGCAGUGAUACCUUCUCCCCUCUCUAGUCUCUCUCUCUCUCUCUCUCUCUCUCUCUCUCUCUCUCUCUCUCUUUCUCUCUUUCUCUCACUCUCUCAUUCUCUCUCUCUCUCACGCUCUCACUCACUCUCUCUCUCGCUCACUCCUUUUUUCUCUCCUACCUUUUGUCGAAUUUAAAACAUAACAGGUCUGCCAUUUCAUAAGAAAUACCAAUUCCAGUGGUGAGAUUAGGCUUCUGAUGAUGUUUGACAAUAGCUGUGCAUGACACUCCAAUUGUUAUAUUUGAUGGUCACACUGCCCUGAAACCCAGUCUAUCCCAUAUCUCCUCAGUGUUAUUGGUGUCUGUAAUGGUCUUUUUUGAUGUACCUCACUAAGUGUGUGCUGGUGGUGCUUUUAUUGUGUCUUGAGUACAUUGUUAAAUGUCCUAGGUAUCUGGAGAGUCUUCGUACAAAUGAAAUACUCUCUCUCGGUUCUCUGUUGUGCGUUCUAUAUUAGGUUCUAACCCCUCUCUCCUUUUUCUCUUUGGUUUAUCUUUAUCAUUGGGUUCUAACACCUGUUCUCCGCUCUCUUUUCCAUUGCAGCACGGGAGGAGAACGUGGCCACGUUCCGCGGCUCCGAGUACUUCUGCUACGACCUGUCCCAGAACCCCAUCCAGAGCAGCAGCGACGAGAUCACACUCUCCUUCAAGACGUGGCAGCGCAACGGCCUGAUCCUCCACACGGGGAAGUCGGCCGACUACGUCAACCUGGCCCUGAAGGACGGGGCGGUGAGCCUGGUCAUCAACCUGGGGUCGGGGGCCUUCGAGGCCAUCGUGGAGCCCGUCAACGGGAAGUUCAACGACAACGCCUGGCACGAUGUCAAGGUUACGCGCAACCUGAGACAGGUAAUAGUGGCUAGGGAGGGUGAGAGCGGACAGCACUGUGGUGCUAACACAUAGCAUGUGUACAAACAUGCAAAUAUAUUCAUGACAUUCAGGUCAGCUGAUACUGUAGGAUAGGUGAAAGACCUGUAUAUUUUGUUCAUGUCUUAAAUGGAUUCGACAGUUCACAAAAAAAAAAAAAUUCAGUUAAACAUUCUCCAGUUUUUUUAAGUUUUUUGGUCCGUUUCAUAAAUGAAAUAGUUCACAGGAAUUUCUACUGUUUUUGUCAAUUUAGUUUUUUUCAAGACUGUCUCUAUUUUUACCCCAAUGACUUACUAUUUCCUAAAGACAUUGUUUAUUUCACGCCUACUUUUACCUACUUUCCCCUAUACACCAAUUUCCGGUCUGAUUUUCUUCGGUCCACUGUUUGCCUCCGUGAGCAGAACCGCUACAAUUCUCUCUCUCUCUCUCUCUCUCUCUCUCUCUCUCUCUCUCUCUCUCUCUCUCUCUCUCUCUCUCUCUCUCUCUCUCUCUCUCGCUCUCUCGCUCUCUCUCUCUCUCUCUCUCUCUCUCUCUCUCUCUAUCUCUCUUCUCUCUCUCUCUCUCUCUCUCUCUCUCUCUCUCUCUCUCUCUCUCUCUCUCUCUCUCCCCUCUUCCUCCUUCCCGUCUUAUCGUGGGGGCUGGCAGGGAGAAGCUCCAGCCAACCACGACGACACCUGUUUACCCCAGACUGAUCUCUGUUCAGCUGUAAAAUCGGCCACAAACCCACAUUCUGAAAUAUUCUAAUAGUCAAGGUCCUGUUCCCUUUCAGCUCCUCAGUGAGAGUUGAUGGAGGAAGGUUUCUGGCUCUAGUCAAGGGCGCAAAAGAUAGACUAGGAUUUCAACUAUGUAAGGAAUUGUAGUAAUGGUUUUCUUUAAGUUAUUAUAAUAUAUUACAAAUUAUAUUUAGAUUUUUUGUAAAAUACAUUAAUGGCAAAUGUUGUCUCUGACAUUUCAUUGGAAACGUUUUCAUAUUACUACUAUAGUAGUGUUUUUUUUAUUUGAUCUCUACUCAGCUUAGGAGAAAGCUCAAAGCUCAAACAGCUUUGUGGAAGGUGCUAUGUGAAAUCUAGCUACUUAUAUUACAUACAGCUAAUUACGCAAUCUGGGAAGGCCAUGUCUUUUAAAGGAGCAUUAUCUCAUCGGAAAGUCAAGCAGCUCUUUGGAAUCUAAAGCAGGUUGAUAUUCUAUGUAAGUAUGUAUGUUAUGUCACCACUCCAUCGAGGUCAAUUCAAGGUUCAUCCCUAUACUUAUGGAAUACUCUGGAUUUACAAAUUGAGUUAUAUGCCAUAGAAUAUUUCCCUUUUUCUCUUUUACCCUCUUUAGCUCUCUAUUUAUUUUCUUAAUUCUUUAUCUCUCUCUCUCAAUCACACCCUCUCUCUUUUCUCCCUGAGAACAAGCUUUUGUAGAAAAUCAGAACUAACCACUCAUGGAAUGAAUCAUUGUCCUACUAACCGUUGCCUAACCAGCUAUUGUACUAACAACACCCUAACUCUUCAUCAUUGUUUAUUAAUUUAUUUCAUUUAAUUUUUUAUUAACAACCCCUCUGUUCACUAUUUAAUUUCCUUUCUUCCCCUUUUCCUCAAAGCAAUCAGGCAUUGGACACGCUAUGGUAAACAAACUCCAUUGUCUGGUAGAUAUCAUUCCUAUUUUCCUUUUUUUGGGGUUUGCCGUGUGCUCCUUCCUUCCUUCCGUCCCGUCUUCCUUUUUUCUUUGACUCUUCAUUCUAGACACCAUUGUCAAAAAAUUAGGAAAUGGGGUUGGUAUAUCUUGGCUUUCUUUAUAUUGGAUUCCCUCCCUCUAUCGUUCAUGAUUUGAUUCUAUCGUUCAUCUUCCUUUUCUGCUUUUCUUUCUACAACUUCUUCCUCUCUUCCAAAGCCCUCCAGAUCAAGUCUUUCUUUAGGGCUUACUGUUUGACUAAAACCUCCUUUGCAUUCCCUAUGUUUUGGCCGAUGACUGUCGACCAAACUGCCAGAAGCUUUCCACAACUACAACUACAAAAAAAGAGGAAAGAAAAACCAAAAGUUCACCAAUGGGAGCUCUGACAGUUGUUUCCAGUACACAGUGGCGCAUGGCAUGCCUAAACUUCUCCCUCCUUCCCUUCCAUUGCUUUCACCAAUAACCUGCCUAACUAACACCUAACUCACCUGCCAUUCACGCUGUCAUUUGUGUGUGGUGAAUGUUUGUAGAAGUGGUGAUUGUGAUGCUACACCUCCCUUGAAAACCCCCUCUCAUGGCUUUUGGUGUGGUCUGACUGUGUAGUGAUUGGCCUUUGGCAUGUUCCAUCCAGCUGACUUAGAGGAUAUACCUUGAUUUGUAUUAGCACCCAAUUCACUCAACUCAUCUUGUUAUUAAGCAUAAAAACUAACUCCAACAUGGCAAUGAUACUCAUGGCUUGUUCAUAUGUAGAAUUAGCAGAACAUCCCUAUUUUGCAUGCUUGUCAAUGUCUCAACUAUCCAGAUAUCAACUCAAACUAAAACAAGCACAAUCAAUUUGUCCUUGGUGUUGUUGGCAUCCUACUAACCCUACAAAUCUAACCAAAUGCCAAAUCCACAAAGAAACCUCAUUUACUAACUUGCAUCAAAGUUAAAGAAAAUAUACCGCUGACAUAUUUUCUUUAUCUGCCCUGGUUGAGCGUAAGAGUUGAAGUACAUGACAGAAACACAGAGGAAUCCAAUGACAUGGUCCAGGUUUUGGGACUGGGCCACACACUUGAAGACAUUACACUAGCAAGCAAUACUGAGACACAAUAUCAAGACAAAAAACAGAUAAACCUAGUCCCUGUUAGAUUAACCUAGGCAUAAAACUCCGCCCACACCCCCGACCCCCGUACCCUCCUUUCUCCCCCAAACCCAAGAUGGUCAUGAGUGGACUUUCUCCUUCUUGGUUCUUCCCGUUGUCUAGGUGACGAUAUCGGUUGACGGUAUCCUGACGACCACGGGGUAUACCCAGGAGGACUACACCAUGCUGGGCUCAGAUGACUUCUUCUACGUGGGUGGAAGCCCCAGCACCGCUGACCUGCCUGGGUCUCCUGUCAGCAACAACUUCAUGGGCUGCCUCAAAGAGGUGACACUGCUGCAAUAUGUACAUUUACAUUAAAGUGGAACUAACAGCGUUUUAACUACUUUGCAGAUAUGAAACAAACAGAUAAUCAUAAUAUCAGUCAAAAAUAUCAAAUUCCCAGUUUAUGCUUCAAAACCAACUUCAUAAGAGGUUUUAAAAAUAGGUUUUAUUUGACUCAAAAUGUCAUGACUUACGGUAAGGCAUUGUUGGGAGAAUAGAUGGAUGCAGUUCAAUGCAUUCGGAAAGUACUCAGACCCCUUGACUUUUUCCAAAUUUUGUUACGUUACAGCUUAUUCUAAAAUUGAUUAAAUAAAUACAAAUCCUCAUCAAUCUACACACAAUACCCCAUAAUGACAAAGCAAAAACUGGUUUUUAGACAUUUUGCAAAUGUAGUAAAAUAAAAAACAGAUACCUCAUUUACAUAAGCAUUCAGCUUGAGCUCAGGUACAUCCUGUUUCCAUUGAUCAUCCUUGAGAUGUUUCUACAACUUGAUUGGAGUCCACCUGUGGUAAAUUCAAUUGAUUGGACAUGAUUUGGAAAGGUACACACCUGUCUAUAUAAGGUCCCACAGUUGACAGUGCAUGUCAGAGCAAAAACCAAGCCAUGAGGUCGAAGGAAUUGUCCGUAGAGCUCCGAGACAGGGUUGUGUUGAGGCACAGAUCUGGGGGAGGGUACCAAAACAUUUCUGCAGCUAUGAAGAUCCCCAAGAACACAGUGGCCUCCAUCAUUCUUAAAUGGAAGAAGUUUGGACCCACCAAGACUCUUCCUAGAGCUGGCCGCCCGGCCAAACUGAGCAAUCGGGGGAGAAGGGCCUUGGUCAGGGAGGUGACCAAUAACCUGGUGGUCACUCUGACAGAGCUCCAGAGUUGGUUUGCUAGCAAGACAUUUUAAUUGCUUUGCUAGCUAGCUAGCUAGCUAUGCUGAACUUGAACGACUGUUAUCCACAGUUAGCAUAUCUCUUAGUUGUCAACAGUGCUUGACUUGGGCAGGAGCUCACUGGAGCUGAUUACCAGCACCUCAAAUGUUCUACUGCUUGAGCUCCUGCACCUCUAUAGAAUAUUAGCUCAAAAGUAUUGUGGAGCUCCUGCACCUAAAUAUAAACAGUACCAGCACCCAAAAUGAGUACUGGCACCUAUUUCAGUCCAAAUCAAGCACUGGCUGUCAAUCAAAUGUAUUUGGGAUCGAUCAAAUGUGCGGGCAGGCAGGCAAGUUCCCAUUCAGUUGUCAAAACGUGGGUUGGAACAAGCAUGCAUUGGCAGACAAGCUGCAGAAGGACGAGCAGACUACUAUUCCCCAUCGUUUCAGUGCAAUUUUGACGGCCAACUAGCUGAAAAAGUUGAGAGGGUUUAUCUAAUGUUCCCUCGUUAGAUUUUAGCUUAUCUCGCUCUGGCUAGCGUUAGUUGUUGGUCUUGUUGUCGUAGAUGUGCAUAGGCAAAUGAGGGAGAGAUAGCCUACCUUUUAAUGGUUGUUUGAUCAAUUGGACUGUGAAAUUCCCAAAUGUAAGAGGAGAAAUCCAUUCAGGUGUAUUUUGGGGCUUUUGGCAAAUGCGUUCUAAUGAUCUAAAGUCGCGCUGUUGCUACUGCCUGUAAACACACAGUCCAGUUCAAAGUGAAUGAUGGCAGGCCAGUGUGGCAAAUGGCUUACUAGGACCAACUUGUCCAGUGGGUUACUUUUCAAGCUUGGGUUGAAAGUUUGGGAACCGCUACUACAGUACUGUGUGUUCGCUAAAAUGUGUUGAAUAUCAUAGGUUACUUGUAAAGAAAGUAUCUUGCAAUGUGUAUUAUGCUCUGUGGAUCAUAUGAAAUCAGGACUAAAUUCAAUAAAGCCCAUCUGUUUUUUUUAAGAAUGGAGAGAUCAGAGCUUUCAGUAUCUUCUGAGAGCCAUCUGAUCCAAUUCACAGUGGUUAUUCAUUUUCACCCGACAUAAAAUUGUUGCAGGCGUAUUUAAUUUUGUUUUUCAAUUGUUGGUAAAUCAUUUGAUUACGGCUGCAGACGUCUAGCAGUUGCCUGGAUGCAGAGGCUCAGGUGAAGUGAAGGGAUGGGAUUCGUUGACUAUGCAGCUGGGUUUAUAUCUAACAGUAGAGUAGGAAGCAAAGAGACAGUCUGAAAACAGUCUGUUUGUUCCAUUGGGUCUGUUCUGCUCAGAGAUGUUUUGAUUAAGCCAAUUUUGAACAGCGCCACAUUUGCCCUCUGUGCACACACACAGAAACACACACACACAGUUCCCUGGAGCUGGUGAUGUCAUCUUUUAGCGCUUGGCUGGAGCCGGUUGCUGCAGUGUGGCAAUAUGGUCCUAUAUCUCUCUCUGGAGCUGUUCCCUACUGGUAAACACACACAAACACACACAAACACACACACACACACACAAAAUACACACUUUCACCCCCUGCCUAAACACAUGUUCCCACACCCCCUGCCAUCUCCUCUCCACCUCUCCAUCAGAGCGUCAUGUAGCCCAGGAGAACAGGGGAAGUGUGUAGCAGCCAUAUUAUCUCCCUUGCCCUACUUCCUGCUCUGUGCCAUGCUGGGCAGGUCUGCCCAUACUGGCCCAAUCACCACUGUAUCACUGGGCCCACUAGCUCACCAACACCAUGAUACACGCGUACAUGUAUGAACACGCAUGUACUUACACAAAUGUUCACACACUUUCGCUGGUCCUAGGGAAGUCAUUGUUCCCUCAUUGUUGAUCAAAAUGCAUUUAGUCCCUUUUCCUUUCAGUCCAUCUCCUCUCAAUACAUGGGUGAACGACACGUGCGCGGCACUGGUGAGAAUAGCAGACGUUUUACGGGCUCCUGACCAAUUGUGCUAUUUUGUGUCUUUUUUUGUACAUAAUGUUUCCACCAUCGUUUCCUAUGGCUGAAAAGAGCUUCUGGACAUCUGAACAGCUAUCACUAACCUCGAUUUGGACAAGGACUUCUACUUCAAUGAGUCGGAGGCAAAAGACAUACUGAUUAUCCCGGACCAGGCCCAAAUCUCCAACACUAUAGAGGCCGGCGUGCGGAAUACCUGAUGAGACUACGUCGAAGAGUGGAUAAAUCGCCUCUACACUCAGUUCUAUUGGCAAACGUGCAAUCACUGGAGAAUAAACUGGAUGAGCUCCGUUCGAGACUAUCCUAUCAACGUGAUAUGAAGAACUGUAAUACCCUAUGUUUCUCAGAGUCGUGGCUGAACAAGGAUAUGGUAAAUAUAAAUCUAGCUGUUUUUUCUAUACAUCGGCAGGACAGAACGGUUGCGUCGGGGAAGCUCAGGGGAGGUGGUGUGUGUCUCUUUGUUAACAACAACUUGUGCGCAAUCUCUAAUAUUAAGGAAGCCUCGAGUUUCUGCUCACCUGAGGUAGAUUACCUCAUGAUAAACUGUAGACCAUACUGUUUACCAAGAGUUUUCAUGUAUGUUUUUUGUAGCUGUCUAUUUACCACCACAAACCAUGCUGGCACUAAGACCGCACUCAAUGAGCAAUAUAGGGCCAAACAAGAAAAUGCUCACCAAGAGGUGGGGCUCCUAGUAGCCGGUGACUUUAAUACAGGAAAACUGAAAUCCGUUGUACAUAAUUUCUACCAGCAUGUCACCUGUGCAACUAGAGGUGAAAAUACUCUAGAUCACCUUUACUCUGCACACAGAGACGCAUACACAGUUCUCCCUCACCCUCCAUUUGGCAAAUCUGACCCAUAACUUUAACUUCCUGAUUCCUGCUUACAAGCAAAAUCUCCAACAGGAAGUACCAGUGACACACUCAAUAUGGAAGUGGUCCGAUGAAGCGGAUGCAGGACUGUUUCAUUAGCACAGACUGGAAUAUGUUCCGGGAUUCAUCCGAUGACAUUGAGGAGUUUACCACAUCAGUCACCCGCUUCAUUAAUAGGUGCAUUGAUGACGUCAUCCCCACAGUGAAGGUACGUACAUAUCCCAACCAGAAGCCAUGGAUUAGAGGCAACAUCCACACUGAGCUAAAGGCUUGAGCUGCCGCUUUCAAGGAGCGGGACACUAAUCCGGAUGCUUAUAAGAAAUCGCAGGAACGCCCUCCGACGAACCAUCAAAAAGGAAAAACAUCAGUACAGGACCAAGAUCGAAUCCUACUACACCAGCUCUGACGCUCGUCGGAUGUAGCAGGGUUUGCAAACUAGCACAGAUUACAAAGGGAAACCCAGUCACGAGCUGUCCAGUGACAUGAGCCUACCAAAUGAGCUAAAUACCUUCUAUACCCUCUCGCUUUGAGGCUAGCAACACUGAACCAUGCAUGAGAGCACAAGCUGUUGUGGACGACUCUGUGAUCACGCUCUCCGUAGCCGAUGUGAGUAAGACCUUUAAACAGGUUAACAUUCACAAGGCCGCAGGGCCAGACGGACUACAAUGACACGUACUCAGACCAUGCGCUGACCAGCUGGCAAGUGUCUUCACUGACAUUUACAACCUCUCCCUGACCCAGCCUGUAAUACCUACAUGUUUCAAGCAGACCACCAUAGUCCCUGUGCCCAUGAAUGCCAAGGUAACCUGUCUAAAUGACUGUCGCCCUGUAGCACUCACAUGAAAGGCUUUGAAAGGCUGGCCUGGCUCACAUCAACACCAUCAUCCCAGACACCCUGGACCCACUCCAAUUCGCAUAACGCCCCAACAGAUCCACAGAUGAUGCAAUCUCUAUUGCACUCCACACUGCACUUUCCCAUCUAGACAAAAGGAACACCUACGUAAGAAUGCUGUACAUUGACUACAGCUCAGCAUUCAAUGCCAUAGUGCCCUCCAAGCUCAUCACUAAGGUAAGGACCCUGGGAUUAAAUACCUCCCUCUGCAACUGGAUCCUGGACUUCCUGAUAGGCCAGCCCCAGUUGGUGAGGGUAGGCAACAACACAUCCGCCACGCUGACCCUCAACAUGGGGACCUCUCAGGAGUGUGUGCUUAGUCCCCUCCUGUACUCCCUGUUCACCCACAACUGUGUGGCCGUGCACGACUCCAACACCAUCAUUAAGUUUGCCGGCAACACGACGGUGGUAGGCCUGAUCACCGGCGGUAAUGAAACAGCCUACAGGGAGGAGGUCAGAGAACUAGCAGUGUGGUGCCAGGACAACCACCACUCCCUCAACAUCAGCAAGACAAAGGAGCUGAUCGUGGACUACAGGAAACAGAGGGCCGAGCACGCCCCCAUCCACAUCGACGAGGCUGUAGUGGAGCAGGUCGAGAGCUUCAAGUUCCUCGGUGUCCACAUCACUAAGGAACUAUCAUGGUCCACACACCUACACAGUCAUGAAGAGGGCACGACAACGCCUCUUCCCCCUCAGGAGGCUGAAAAGAUUUGGCAUGGGCCCUCAGAUCCUCAAAAAGUUAUACAGCUGCAGCAUUGAGAGCAUCUUGACUAGCUGCAUCACCACUUGGUAUGGCAACUGCUUGGCAUCCGAUCGCAAGGCGCUACAGAGGGUAAGGCGAUCGCAAGGCGCUACUUGCCAUCCAGGAUCUUUAUCCCUACCUAUACUUACAUAUCUACCUCAAUUAUCUCGUAUCCCCGCACAUCGAUUCGGUACUGGUACCCGUGUAUAUAGCCAAGUUAUGGUUACUCGUGUAUUUAUUCCUUGUGUUAUUAUUUUUCUAUUUUUCAGUUAUUUCUAAUUUGUUUCUCUCUGCAUUGUUGGGAAGGGCCCGUAAGUAAGCAUUUCACUAUUAGUCUACACCAGUUGUUUACGAAGCAUGUGACAAAUACAUUUGAUUUGACACGCGCAAACACACGCACACACAUGCAAACCCGCACGUACACAGAAACACUGCUAUCCUCCACACUGCACUCCCUGCCAUUAACACUAAUUUGCCUGCUGGCGAUGCUCUUGUCCGUGCCAUCAAAUGCUAUUAUGGAUAAAUGUUUUGUUACCAUGGCACCAGGUAGGCCCCCACAUCUCCCGCUAUUCAAACACACACACACACACACACACACACACACACACACACACACACACACACACACACACACACACACACACACUGAAGCGUGACUUGGUAGCUUUUGGUAGUCGAUUAUUGUGGACAUAAUAUCAGUCUUUAUCCUCCAUAAGACAUCUUUGUGGUGUUCCUAUCAGAGAAACACUGACAAAGAGACAGCUACAGCAGUUCAGUUGAAAUAA